AUGCGCGCCAUGCACUACCAGAGGUAUAUGACCUCUGGAAGAAGGUGUUUCUCGUCUUCCUCGGUGACCGCGGCCGUCUCGCCCCACCGCUUUUCUGCUCAGAAACGAGCCCAGAGCACUGCUACAGCUACUACUACAAAGUCUCGUCCCGCCCCAAGUCCCGCCUUCAACCUGGAACCUCCUCGCAGCGAAGUGUCGCCGCUGCAGAACCGAAAUGUGCCUGAAUUGGAUGAUUCCUUCGUGGGUCUCAGUGGUGGACAAAUUUUCCAUGAGAUGAUGCUCCGUCUGGGUGUCAAACACGUCUUUGGCUACCCCGGCGGUGCCAUUCUUCCCGUGUUCGAUGCUAUCUACAACUCCAAGCACUUCGACUUCGUUCUCCCGCGCCAUGAGCAGGGUGCUGGACACAUGGCUGAAGGUUAUGCCCGAGCUUCAGGAAAGCCUGGUGUUGUCCUCGUCACUUCCGGCCCCGGUGCUACUAAUGUCAUUACUCCCAUGCAGGAUGCCCUCUCGGACGGCACGCCGAUGGUUGUUUUCUGCGGUCAGGUCCCGACCAGCGCGAUUGGUACCGACUCUUUCCAGGAAGCCGACGUGAUCGGUAUCUCGAGAGCUUGCACGAAGUGGAACGUUAUGGUGAAGUCCGUCGCCGAGCUUCCUCGCCGCAUCCAUGAGGCCUUUGAAAUCGCAACCAGUGGUCGCCCUGGUCCCGUCCUGGUCGAUCUUCCGAAAGAUAUCACCGCCGGUAUCCUCCGCAAGCCUAUCCCUAUGAACAGCACCAUUCCCUCUCUGCCGAGCGCGGCGAGCAUUGCGGCCCGUGAGUUGGGCAUGAAGCAGCUCGAAAGCACCAUCGGUCGCGUUGCUCGUUUGGUCAAUGUCGCCAAGAAGCCCGUUCUUUACGUCGGACAGGGUCUUCUCGCUAACCCUGAAGGCCCCAAGCUCUUGAAGGAAUUGGCCGACAAGGCCUGCAUUCCGGUCACCACGACUCUGCAGGGUCUGGGUGGCUUCGACGAGCUGGACUCCAAGGCACUGCACAUGCUGGGAAUGCACGGAUCGGCCUACGCCAACAUGGCUAUGCAGGAGGCUGAUUUGAUCAUUGCUGUUGGUGCCCGUUUCGAUGACCGUGUCACCGGUAACAUCACCAAGUUCGCCCCUCAGGCCAAGCUGGCCGCAUCCGAGAACCGUGGUGGUAUUGUACACUUUGAGAUCAUGCCCAAGAACAUCAACAAGGUCGUUCAGGCCAACGAGGCCGUCGAGGGCGACUGUGCUGAGAACAUUAGCCACCUUCUUCCCCAUGUCAACAAGGUGGCGGAGCGCCCCGAGUGGUUCGCCCAGAUCAAUGACUGGAAGGCUCGCUUCCCUUUCUCUCUGUACGAGAAGCAGGCUGCGGAAGGUCCCAUCAAGCCCCAGACUUUGAUUGAGAAGCUCAGCGACCUCACCGCCCACAUGAAGGACCGUACCCUGAUCGCCACCGGUGUCGGUCAACAUCAGAUGUGGGCUGCCCAGCACUUCCGUUGGCGCCAUCCCCGUAGUAUGAUCACCUCUGGUGGUUUGGGUACUAUGGGCUAUGGUCUUCCCGCGGCUAUUGGCGCCAAGGUUGCUUGCCCUGAUGCCCUUGUCGUUGACAUUGAUGGAGAUGCCUCCUUCAACAUGACCCUCACCGAGCUUUCUACUGCUGCUCAGUUCAACAUUGGCGUCAAGGUCCUCCUGCUGAACAACGAGGAGCAGGGUAUGGUGACCCAAUGGCAGAACCUCUUCUACGAGGACCGUUACUCGCAUACCCACCAGAAGAACCCCGACUUUGUUCCUCUGGCGAAGUCCAUGGGGGUUGCUGCUGAUAAGCUGGUCAACCCUGCUGAGAUGGAGGAGAAGCUGAAGUGGCUGAUCGAGAGCGACGGUCCCGCUCUGCUCGAGGUCGUUACUGACCGUAAGGUGCCUGUGCUUCCCAUGGUGCCCGCUGGCAGCGCCCUGCACGAGUUCCUUGUUUAUGAUGAAGCCAAGGAGCAGGAGAGAAAGGCCCUGAUGAGGAAGCGGAAGAUCAUCGUCUAA